AUGAGCGGACUAGAUUUCGGCAGCUUCGAAGACCGAACAAUGGACCUCAAUCAACAGGAACUUUUUGCGGAAGGCUUGCAGUCUUUGCAAGUCAUGGACGGCAAUGGCCCGGGCUAUCCAUUUGCACCCACUGCUCCAUACCCCAUUGCCUUCAAUGACGCUGGCAGCAUACAACCAAACGAUGCAGAUAGAUCGUUACUUCAAAGCGCGGCCCAAGAUAUCACAAGCGAAGAAGUGAUGCCUUAUCCCAAUGACUUCACAUCAAUAGAAAACGUAGUAAAGUUUGGGGCAGAAAGCAGCUUCGAAGGGUCAUUCGACGGUCAUUCUGUUUCAAAAUCAAAGACGAUACCUCCAGGCGGGCGCUGUGAUCCGUCUUCUCAGACCUCAUAUGCUUUUACCCAGUCAUUGCCUUCGCAAGCGUGGCCCUCGCAAGGAUCUCAGCUAUUGCCAUCCUCCAACACAGAGCUGAUUUCAAUGGGGGAUCAGGUGGCUUUAGAUUUUGACACCCUCUCUACAAUCUCAUAUACACUAGGUAAAGAGGGAGAGCGGGCGCAGCUAUCGAAGAAGCGUAAGGUUGUGGAAGCACACACCCAUCGUCACAUUGCCACUCCUCAUGAAGCCCCGACACCUUCAUAUCAGAAGCGCAACGAGGUUGAGACCAUCAAUGUAAACGCGAUCUUGGCUUGUGCGCUUUGGAUUGUCAAACACCCCGGAACCGUACCUUCAGAGCAUACGAUCUCAUGCCUUUGCCACGCGUUUCAAUCCGACUUUAAGAUGCUUCAUCGAUGGUUCAGUGCGAACGUAGUGGUAUGUGACAACCAUCAUAAUCUCAACGGAAUCGAAAACAAUCGCGGUUCGGAAGAUCUGACGAGGAAUGCGUGCAACCUAUGGCAGCUGAACAACCCAGGAGUCAAACCCUCUAAUCAUAUCAUAUCCUGCAUCAGUCAUGCGUUUAGUAGCUCCGCCAAAACAGUCGAGGAUUGGUUUGGUCUGAACUUUGAAACUACUUGCAGUACCCAAGAUUCUGGUUAUCAAUCCUUGACGAGUACCAUGGAGGAUUCAGAUGUUGCAGCUCGAUAUAGGAAGAACCGUGGGAAGUGCAAUCGCAAAGUAAUGAAAUCGGCAGGAAAGGGCAACAAUUGCGUCGUUGUAGAGAGGGACCCGGAACGACCUUACGCCUGUACCUCUCGAUGCGGUAAAACGUUUCGGAAAAAGGACGCAUGGAAAAGACACGAAGAAAUUAAUCGCUUACAGAAGCUCUGGAUAUGUCAGUACGGUCACUGUCAGUAUAAGCCUGAGAAGAAGCGCUUGUAUUCCCGGCAAGACCGUUUCCGGAAGCACUUGCGAGAUGAACAUCCAGAUACCCGACCUUCGCAUCAGAACAUGCGGAGGUGCAUUUUUCCCAUCGAGUCGAACUUCGACAAGCGUUGCAUCAUUAGCGGAUGCAAUGAAAAGUUCUCUGGCUGGAAUGCAAGAAUCAACCAUAUCGCGAAACAUAUGCAGGGUCCGUGGACCGCUGCAGAUUGGAGACCGGCUGCAGACCAAGACGACGAUGAAGGACUCGCUUCACCAGAGGGGGAUGACUCCGAAGAUGAAGAUGGCAAUCAUGAACAUGACUCUGACGGUUCCAGCAGCGAUGAGGAUGAUGAUAACAAUGAGAACGGUGCCUCGGGUCCCACAGGCGGGAGCUACAGCAAUGGCUAUCAGCCACCUGGCUCAAGCAAUCAAGACGAAGGCCAUCAAGACUCCACGCGAUUUGGGCCACAAUGGUAUUCACAAAGCCAUGGUUCUUAUGGCAAUGGCUGGUCAUCUCAUGCAGUUGAAGGUUAUCAUCCAAACUCGUCCGCUGACAGUCACCCCAAGAAGACACAUGCAGCGACCUCUAGCCAGGGUAUUUCUCUCAACACCCAGCCCGCGAACAUAGAAUAUGAGAUUCUGGCUUGCAUUGGCUCGAGUAGAAAAUCCAUAAUCAAUAAAGUCUACCUGCGAAAGUCCGGACGUGUUGCUGCGCUUAAAAUCGCUCGCGUCAACAGCCUAAGGCAUCAUCAAGCUCUAGCCCAAGAAGCAGAGAUCAUGCGUGGCGUGCGGCAUCCACAUGUGGUUGAGCUUAUGAAUUGCAUCAGAUAUCAAAAUUCAUUCUCAAUCCUUAUGACACCAGCUGCCGACUAUGAUCUAUCCCAACUCUUGGAUGGCUGCAUAAAAGAUCCACCGAAGCGUGAUGUCUUCUGGGGCUGGUUCACCAGCUUGGCCAAAGGACUUGCUUACAUCCACUGCUCAAGCAUCGUGCACGGUGAUAUUAAACCCAGCAAUGUCUUGAUCAAAGGGGACAAUAUCCUGCUUUCUGACUUCGGUUCCUCUACGCUUUUGGCAAACAAUGUGUCGUCAAAUGGAUGCAACGAUUUCACUCCAAAGUAUGCCGCACCAGAAGCCACCAUUUCAGGUGCCCGUGGGACUCCAUCAGAUGUCUAUUCUCUUGGUUGCGUGUAUCUAGAGAUUAUGGCAUGGUUCUGCGGACCUCAGAUUCUAUCACGCUGGCGACCCUGCCAAAAUCUGUUGAAGGAAAGCUGGCCAUCCUACAACAAUAAUUGGAAGGCUCUAUCGCGGCAAGUUCUCCAGUCUACGACAGAUGUCGGCAUUCAUAAAGUCCUCAAGCUUUGUGAGACAAUGCUUGAUGAAAAGAUAUUAGAUCGGCCAACCUCAGCGCAGCUAUGCCGUCAACUAUCUAGAAAAAGAAUCGAUUCAAAAGAUACAACCAAAUCAAAGAAUUUAGCAUCCUCCUCGACACCAUGUGAAGCACUGCUGAGUUCAAGAUCUGUUUCGGCCAGGGUGUUAGAAGUCUACGGAGCAACACUUGCUACUCUGAAGCUUGUACGGGCUGCUACAGAUUUGGUCCAAUUCCAGGAAUCCCGGUUGCGACGGUCAAUGAAGCUCUUGACUCGGGACAACAAAACUCAUGGCAACAGGGCUCAAUCAGAAUACUCUCGUGGCUGGAUUGCGAGCAUACCCAAGGCAUCUCCUGAGAUAUUUUGGAAUCUGAUGGAGUCAAACCGUGACAAAGUCCUACGACCUGGCUCUUCUGGCCUGACGAGGUUCUCCAUGGCACAAUUUGGUAAUUCUGGUAACGGGAUUGAUUCUUUUGACCCCCUCUUCUUCGGCAUGUCUCCAAAAUGGAUGACACAGCAAGAUGAUAUGCUCACUCCACACCCAGGAAGUGCUGAUCGCACUCGACAAGAUAUCUUGAGUCUUUACCUGGCAAUAGAAGAGUAUGCUUGCAGCUUUAGCGAUCUCCUCGUUAAGAGGAGGAGAAGGAGAGAGGAUCUUGUUACUAAUUGGGACUCACGCUUGUCAGUGAAUGUAAGGGGACAAGUACUCGGCUCAGGUUCCUCCCUGCGCGCAUCAUAUCUGUUGUGUCCUUUCGGACUUAUUGGAUGCGAAAGACAAAAUAAGUUCGACAGAAAGGCUGAUUGGAUUGCCCAUAGCCUUGCACACUUUUCUCAGGAAAGUCCACGUCAUCUAGGUUCAGGCCAACUUUCCAGGAGAUACUGGACCUGGAACAUGCUUUCAACGAAGGUUGACUUGCCACAGGGCCAUAGGACCACUGCCUCUCGUAAGGAAUAUUUAAUCCCUUUCGGUGAUGGACGCUUUGACGGAUUCGCUGCAACCCCCAAUCGAAUUGUACUACGGGCAAUUGAGACGUAUGGCCACAGAAUAAAGUACGAUAGGCGCAGCCUAUUCCUUGAUUACUUGCAAAAGAGAAGAGACAAAGAGCAUUGCUCUGGACAAGUUUGGCUAUGGAUUGAUGACCCGACAUAUGACUCCUCGGCUGACAGUCUGGACAGACAUCGCCAAGAAUACAAUGCGUACUAUAACGCUGCGGCUCAUCUGCGACGGGAGCAUUUCAAUCCAACGCCAAGAGGCGAGGAGGUAAAGGAGGUGGACGAAAGCAGUGUCGUCAUCGACGAUAACGAUACACGGAUCACACGACGAGCGAUAACCCGACGCCUAAAGUUCUCAGGAGCUUUUGCUUUACUUAGCACGCAGGCGAUAGAACUGCAAGCAGACCUCUUCAAUCCUUCAGAUCAGGUUGGAGCUAUAAAGAGCCCUUCAAUUAGGGGUAUAUAG